AUGCUGGCAUGGAUUCGGUCUGAACAUCGUCGAUACAAUAAAUUCGUCGCCGUUCGGAUUGGCGAGAUUCUUACCGCAACAGAUGUCCGCGAAUGGAGAUGGGUUCCCUCCGGGUUAAAUACGGCAGAUCUCGUCACUAAGUGGAAGAAUGGACCAGAUUUUUCGCCAGACACUCCUUGGUUCGACGGACCGUCGUUCCUCCACCAGCCAGAAGACUCCUGGCCACAACAAGUGCAAACAAUAACCACCAGCGAAGAACUGAAAACUAUUCACACCCAUUCUACGGCUGCAUCGUUAAUCGACCCCUCACGGUUCAGCCAAUGGCUCCGUCUGCAACGAACGAUGGCGUUUGUACUCCGGUUCAUCAACAAUCUAAAAUGUAGACGAAGUGGUGUUACACCACAACUUGGCAUUCUCUGCCAAGACGAGCUGAAACGUGCUGAGGAAGAACUGUGGAGGGUAGCACAAGGUGAUGUCUUUCCGGAAGAAAUGUCCAUCCUCUCGGAAACCCAAGGUUCACCUGAUGCGCGUCACAGACGCGUAGCUAAAUCCAGCCCGAUUUACAAGAACUGGCCAUUUUUAGACGUACGUGGAGUACUACGUCUUCGUGGCCGAAUUGGUGCUGCCACAUUCGCACCAACCGAAGCUAAGUACCCUGCGAUUCUUCCCCGACAACACAUAAUCACCCUCCUAAUUACAGACUGGUACCAUCGUCGUUUCCGCCACGCCAAUCGCGAAACCGUCGUCAACGAGAUGAGACAACGCUUCGAGAUCUCCAAGCUACGCGCCUUGGUCGAAAAGGUCGCGAAAAACUGCAUGAUAUGUCGAGUGAAGAAAGCCGCCCCAAGUCCUCCCGCAAUGGCUCCACUUCCUGCUGCUCGUUUGCAACCAUUCGUUCGGCCAUUCAGCUUUGUUGGGGUGGACUAUUUCGGACCGGUAUUGGUCAAAGUGGGAAGGAGCCAUGUGAAGCGGUGGGUAGCUCUGUUCACCUGCCUUACGAUUCGUGCCAUACAUUUGGAGGUAGUACACAGCCUGUCUUCUGAAUCCUGCAUAAUGGCAGUACGACGCUUCGUAGCUCGUCGCGGGUACCCGGUCGAGUUCUACUCAGAUAACGGAACAUGCUUCCAAGGUGCGAGCAAGGAACUGCAGAAAGAAGAGAUAACGAAACGGAAUAACGCAUUGGCCACAACGUUUACAACCGCUCAAACUCGAUGGUGCUUUAUACCACCUGCCGCCCCACACAUGGGAAGCGCAUGGGAGCGCCUCAUUCGGAAGCGCCUCUGUAAAGGAAGCUAUAGGAAACCUAGCAGAGGCCCCACGUACACCGGACGAUGA